CGAAACACCCAGCGCGAGAGACGCGCCGUGCGCAACGAGAAGAUGGCGGAGGGCGUGGUCGGAGAUGAGGGGGGAGGAGGGGGCGUUGAGGUGGACUGUUAGGUUUGAGAAGAUCUUUUUGGUUUCUUUUUCUUCUGGUUUGCUGGGUUCUUGGGGGGUGUUUUUGGACUGGGUAUCCUUAGGGUUGUUGAUACUUGGUUGUAUUUGGGGGGUGUCGUGGAUUUGGAUUUGAGGUUGGUCUUUUGAUUUGGAGUUGAUAGCGUUGGUUGUGGUGGUUGUGGUGGUGGUGAUGAUGUUAGAAGGUAAUAAGCAAGACUCCUU